GCGGGGGAUCCGCAGUUUAUAACCACCAGUCUACGAGAACAAAGGGCGCUCACUCUCCUGCUUCUCCUCUUCAGCUCGCGCUUCUUACGAAACCCUAAAAAGCAAGACGACUGCUUCCCGUGCCUUGUUCCGAUCUCCAAUUACGAUUGGCUAUGGCGACUACGGCGGGUGAAUGGAUCGACCUCGAGGGAACCCUGUGGAAAGAUCGAGUGCGAGCUCUACAGCUGCGGAUACGUGACCGUUUCCGUGUCGCUGUUGACCGGCACCGUCGAUGGCAUGUUGAAACCGAUUACUCUGUAGCGAUCCGCCGAUGGGUCCUCCGCCUAUGGAGGGAUUACUCGUCGGCCGAUCGAUCUUCCAUGAGGUUCUAUAGGAAACGUGUUGGAAAGGAUUUUGAAUCGAUUGAUGGAUCCUCGAUUGUUCAUUUUCUUCAAUUUUUGGCUGUCCCAGUUAUUGGGAAUGCCUGUCAUGCUUUUAUGCAUGGUCUUAAUCACAUACAGAUAUAUGGUGUUGAGAAAUUGCAUAGCGCAUUAUUGGACAGGCCACUUGGAAAACCUCUUGUAACGGUUAGCAAUCAUGUAGCCUCUAUGGAUGAUCCACUUGUGAUUGCUUCAUUGCUACCUCCAAGUGUAAUGUUGGACGCUCGCAAUAUAAGAUGGACGUUAUGUGCAACUGACCGAUGUUUCAAAAAUCCAGUCCUGUCUACAUUUUUUCACUGUGUUAAGGUUUUACCUGUCUCUCGGGGUGAGGGAAUCUAUCAGAAGGGAAUGGAUAUGGCUCUGUCAAAGCUAAAUAAUGGUGGAUGGGUUCAUAUUUUUCCUGAGGGAAGUCGUUCUAGGGAUGGCGGAAAAUCGAUAGGGACUGCAAAGAGAGGGGUAGGCAGGCUUGUAAUGGACGCUGAUAAAAUUCCCAUAGUCAUUCCAUUUGUGCAUUCAGGCAUGCAAGAAAUCAUGCCUAUUGGUUCAAACUUCCCAAAGAUUGGCAAAAAGGUCACGGUUGUUGUUGGUGAUCCAAUACCCUUAGAUGACCUGAUUGUCGAUGAUGACACGGAAGAUGUUUCUACAGGUGUUCUAUACGAUGCCGUAGCAUCUAGAAUCGGCCACAGGCUAAGAGAGCUUAAAAUCCAAGCGGACAAACUCGCUUUGGAACAUUCCGCUAAUUUACAAGAUUAUAAAGCCGAGCGUGGAUAUGGAAUUUGGCAGCAAGUGGACUGGGAAGCAUUUGGCAUGGUUGAUGUCAUGCAAUCAGAUGAAAAGCCUUUCACCACCAAACGAUUACUUGUUGAUGGACCAAAUAAUAAUAGUCAGGAUCAGCUGCAGGAGCAUAACUCACCUAAGAUGGGUUUCUCAUAUGGCUAUGGUGGAGGUAUUGUUUCUAGAGUUCGCGGUUACAUGAACCCGACCGAGUUAAUGGGGUUCGCUGCGAGCGGCUUGUUUAAGAACGGCAGACUUUUGGAUGAAAGCCAUGAGGACAUUCAGGAUUCUUUUCCAGCCAAGUGGUGGAAACUGUUUGAUCAAAUGAGCGCAUUUAAAGCAUGGAAUAAAUAGGCUCUAAAUUCUUGGCUGGUUCCAGUUUUGCAAAAAGCAGUUUAAGGCUGUUGUAGGUAUUCUUAUUCUUUCUCAUAGUCCUACCAUCUGUGAAGUUCCUAUUAAUUGCUUUUUUCUCUAUUUAUAGUUGGUUAAUGCGAUUGCCAUCUCCAACGAGUAUUGCAUAAUUUGUUACUUAUCUGUUCCUGCUUGUAUAAAUUAACUAUAGAUUACCCAAAUGCUCUCUCUUCCAUUUAACGAA